AUGAAAUACAAAUCAGGAAAACAGCUGUCAUUAGCUCUGCUGCUCAUGGACUUAUUAGAAGAUGCAGAUGGAGGGUACAGGUGGACAGCUGUGUACGCAUCCUACCUCUCCCUCUUCUGUUGUAACAGAGCUGAAUAUUUUCUAGGUUACCUAACCAAACUUCUGCAAAAUCAUACUGCCUAUGCCUGCGAUGGGGAGCAUUUGAGUCUGCGCUGUCCUCGGCAUUCAACAAUAAGUGUUCAGUCAGCAUUUUACGGGCACGACUACCACAUGUGUAGUACUCAGGAGCCUGAAACCAGGAUGACAGAACCCAUAAACUGUGUGGCACCCACCUCUUUGCAGAAAGUGCUGGAUGAAUGCCAAAACCUGAGAUCCUGCCAACUCCUUGUCAAUAGUCGGGUUUUUGGACCUGAUCUGUGUCCAGGGACCACUAAAUUCCUCCUUGUCUCCUUUAAAUGCAAACCUACUGAAUACAAAACCAAAUCAGCAUGUGAAAACCAGGAGCUGAAACUCCACUGUCAGGAGUCCAAGUUCCUUAUCAUCUACUCUGCCACCUAUGGCAGAUGGGCACAUGAGGAGAACAUCUGCUCGACUGAAGUGGAGCGCGUCCCUGCCUUCGACUGUUUGUCUUACACGGCGCUAGAAGUUUUAUCAAAAAGGUGUUAUGGGAAACAGAGAUGCAAAAUCAUCGUCACUAGCCGGGAUUUUGGAAGUCCGUGCCUACCUGGAGUGACAAAAUACCUUAACGUCAGCUAUGCGUGUGUUCCUAAAUUUAUCCUCACGGCUGUCAACCCCCUGGUCACCGAUAGCAAGUCUUCCGUCAAACAGAACAAUGGUGUCAACCUUGAUCCAAAGGAAUCAAGACUUCCAAAGAAAGAUGGAACUCUCGUUAGCAACUCCUUGGCUACAUUUGCAUACAUUAGAGAUCACCAUGAAAGAGCCGCUCUCCUGUUUAUGUCCAGCGUUUGCGUGGGAUUAACCUUCACGCUGUGUGCUUUGGUGAUCCGCAUGCCAUGCUCGAAUGACUGCCAGAAAUUGCACAGAAAGAAGGAUCGCUUAGUGCCAGAAAGUGACAGAGCGUACGAGAACGGUGAAAAUGAGGAAGAGGAGGAGGAGGAGGAAGAUUCCUCUGAUUCGGAUGUCCAGGAUGAGAUAGCGGGACUUUACAGACCUUCUUACUCAGGUUAUAAUUCAACAGAGGCGGCAGAACUGGCCGAAAGGAUAGAGCGCAGGGAGCAGAUCAUACAAGAAAUUUGGAUGAACAGUGGUUUGGAUAUCACACCUCCUAGAAAUAUGAAUACAUUUUAUAUUAACGAACAAUAA